AUGUCCUAUACCUACCUUCCCUCGACCCCCUUUGACCCCUACCCGACCAUUAUCAUGACUACCAACCCCUCAUCGCGCAAGACCAACCACCUGCUGUCUAACCCGCGUGUGUCCCUGCUGGUCCAUGACUGGGUAUCUCAUCGUCCACCGACUCGCACUGCCAACUCGCACGGUGAGCGUGAAGGAUCUCCCCCGCCCGCGGCGACCCGUUCAUCGUUGGCAAGCCUGCUCCUCAACUUGAACACUAGCGCUUUGUCCAGCAUCUCUACCACCAUCACCGGCCAGGCCCGCUUCCUCGAGCCUGACUCGGAAGAAGAAAAGUGGUGCAAGGAGCGGCACUUGGAGAACAAUACAUUCGAGGAAGAGGAGAUCACCCUGUUUGGUCAGCAGCAGGCUCAGAACCCGAGCCUGAGACGGCCUAGCUUGGCCAUCGAUAGCGAUGUUCGGGUUGUGACUGUGCAAGUCCGCGAGGGUCGCAUUGCGGACUGGAAAGGCGGAGUUCGUGACUGGAUUCUGCUUCCGAUUGAGCCGACUCAGGAAGGCCUUGUCAAUGGCGUAUAG